GACUGGCACUAUGAUGCGGUCGUGCCGUCGGGAGUAGCGAAAGGCCGCAAGCAGAAAGGCCAAGGAGGAUACGAUCUGUCCGGCAGGAAGCCAGCUCCGGACCACCUGGCGAAGACAAAGUAUGCCCUUGACGAGGGAAGAAUGCCCCCAUGGGCCAAGGCAGACGGCCGGGAUCUGCUGGAGCUGCCGACCUGCGACGCCAGCGACGGUGCAGAGCUGCCGCUGGGAGAGCUCCCGGCGGAGCCGCCGUAG